AUGUCCGUGGGAAUGAGGGGUGGUGCGGACGGGGGUGGGGCGGGGGGAGGUGUGGGGGGGGGGGGCGAAUUUUUCUGUUCCGGGGUGGCGCGAGGCGGGGGGGGGACGGGAGUGGGGGGUGUGGGCGGCGGCGCGGGGGGCGGCUUGGGGACCGGGCGGGGAGGGGGCGGGGGGUUAAUCUCGGGAGAGGGGGCGACGGCCGAAAUACCCCUCGAUGGCGGGGGGGGGGGGGGGCGGGGGGGGGAGGUCCGGGGGGUGGGGGGAGGGGGGGAAUCUCCCUGGGGGUCGUUCCGGUAG